AUGUUAAACAUUAUUGCAUCCGUGGCAGUACCUGUUGUAUUUGCCAUGGUGAUUAUCCCAUUAUAUUUGCGCUUUACUCUGGUGAUAGCCAGCCAUCGGGCUGGCUAUAUGUCGCUACCAACUGCAAGCACUAUAUCUGAAGCGAAUGUUGUCUCGUCUUCCACCACUGCCACGCAGUCUCGACCUAACCAUUCCGCGAGUCUGCAGGAUUCGGAAACUACUCCAUUGCUACCCCGUACAUCUCUCAAUGAGUCUGCUAGCGAUCUCUCAUCCCAGGAAACUAUUUGGACUGUCGGAGUUUAUCUUUCUCGGACUGUUGCAGUACUUUGUUUGCUCGUUGCAGCUGUGGAGUGCGUGCUUCUGUGGUUUCUGUUGUGCACCAACCAAACAGACCCGUGGAAUCUGCUUGCUGUUUCUGGCACUGCCGCCAAUAUACUUGUUUGGGUAGCAUAUUCGUGGCAAGUGCAAUACUGCGAUUCUCUUUUGGACUCAAUCUAG